CGGAGCAACAUGGCGCCGGCGGGCGGGGAAGGGCGCCCGGGUGGCGGGCCGGCCCGAGGGCGCCUCCUCCUGGCGGCGCUGGUGCUGCCAGUGCUGCUCUGGGCGCGGGGGGCCCGCGGCCAGGGCGACCCUCAGCGGGGCACGAUCCUGGGCAUGAGGCUGGCGAGCUGCAACAAAUCGUGCGGGAUGGGCUCGGAUGGCAUCAUCUUCGUGUCCGAGGGCAGCACAGUGAACCUGAGGCUGUAUGGCCAGAGGCUGGGCUCUAUCUCCAGCGACCUGAUCUCCUUCACCGAGUUGGACAACUCCGAGGCCAUCCACAACUCCACCAGCUGCCCCGAGCUCACCAAGGACCUGGUGGUCCAGCAGCUGGUCAACGUGAGCCGCGGGAACACGUCUGGGAUGCUGGUGGUACUCACCAAGUUCCUCCGGAGGAGCGAGAACGUGAAGCUGUAUGCACUGUGCACCCGGGCCGGAGUGGACAGGCCCUGGCAGCGGUGGAUGGACAAGGACUCGCUGCUCCUCAUGAGAGAGGAGACUGUGAGGGUCCUGCCCCUCUGGCUGCACAUUCUUCUCAUCUUGGUGCUGCUGGUGCUGUCGGGAAUAUUUUCUGGCCUAAACCUGGGGCUUAUGGCCCUAGACCCCAUGGAGCUGCGCAUCGUGCAGAACUGUGGCACUCAGAAAGAGAGGCGCUAUGCCCGCAAGAUCGAGCCCAUCCGGGUCAAGGGCAACUAUUUGCUCUGCUCGCUGCUUCUGGGAAACGUGUUGGUCAACACCUCUCUCACCAUCCUUCUAGACAACCUCAUUGGGUCCGGUAUUGUGGCCGUGGUCUCCUCCACCAUUGGCAUUGUCAUCUUUGGGGAGAUAGUACCGCAGGCCCUGUGUUCCCGACAUGGGCUGGCUGUGGGUGCCAACACUAUCGUUCUCACCAAAUUUUUUAUGCUACUCACCUUUCCCCUCAGUUUCCCCAUUAGCAAACUCCUGGACUUUUUUCUGGGCCAGGAGAUUCACACUGUUUACAAUCGGGAGAAGCUGAUGGAGAUGUUGAAGGUGACAGAGCCCUAUAAUGAUCUCGUGAAAGAGGAGCUAAAUAUGAUCCAGGGUGCCCUGGAACUACGGACCAAAACCGUGGAGGAUAUCAUGACCCAGCUCCAAGACUGCUUCAUGAUCCGCAGCGAUGCCAUCCUGGACUUCAACACAAUGUCUGAGAUUAUGGAAAGCGGAUAUACCCGCAUCCCGGUGUUUGAAGACGAGCACUCCAAUAUUGUAGAUAUUCUCUAUGUUAAAGAUUUGACCUUCGUAGACCCCGAUGACUGCACCCCCCUCAAGACCAUCACCCGCUUCUACAACCACCCAGUGCACUUUGUCUUCCAUGACACCAAGUUGGAUGCCAUGCUGGAGGAGUUCAAGAAGGGGAAGUCCCACCUGGCCAUCGUGCAGAAGGUGAACAACGAGGGUGAAGGUGACCCCUUCUAUGAGGUGCUUGGCCUGGUCACCCUGGAGGAUGUCAUUGAGGAGAUCAUCAAGUCGGAGAUCCUUGAUGAGUCCGAUAUGUACACUGACAACCGAAGCCGGAAACGGGUAUCUGCGAAGAACAAACGCGACUUCUCAGCCUUCAAGGAUGCUGACAAUGAACUCAAGGUGAAAAUCUCACCUCAGCUACUUUUGGCUGCUCAUCGCUUCCUGGCCACAGAGGUUCCCCAGUUUAGCUCCUCCGUGAUAUCAGAAAAAAUACUGCUUCGGCUGCUCAAGUACCCAGACGUCAUUCAGGAACUCAAGUUUGAUGAGCAUAACAAGUACUACAGCCGCCAUUACCUGUACACCCGAAAUAAACCUGCUGACUACUUCAUCCUCAUCCUGCAGGGGAAGGUGGAGGUGGAGGCUGGGAAGGAGAACAUGAAGUUUGAGACGGGCGCCUUUUCCUACUACGGGACCAUGGCCCUGUCCUCGUCCCCCACUGUGCCUUCAGCCCAGGUCAGGUGUCCGCCUGGCAAGCGGAACUCCUUGCUCUCCUGGCUCGCAGACCGCUCCCCGUCCCACCCCACCCUGCUCAGUCGCUCAGCCUCCCUCAGUUACCCAGACCGCACGGAUAUCUCGAGCUCAGCUCCCUUGGCAGGCAGUGGCAAUCAGUUUGGCAGCUCCAUCCUGGGCCAGUAUGUCUCUGACUUCAGCGUCCGGGCACUCAUGGACCUGCAGUACAUUAAGAUCACCCGACAGCAGUACCAGAAUGGGCUGCUGGCCUCACGCAUGGAGAACUGCUCUCAGUUUCCCCUGGAUGGGUGCACCAUCUGCGCAGAGAACCUGGUGGAGAAGCCUGAGCUGCCCGUGGUGGAUGAGACCACAACUCUCCUGAACGAGUGCAACUCUUUGCGGCAUAAAGCCUCCCACGAGAGUGCCAUCUGACAGGAGGGCCUGGGAUCCCCCGCCAGCCCCGCGGGGGCCUCCCCAGUGGGCCCAUGUGAAGAUAGGGAGCCUGUUAGGCCAGAAGGGGUACCGACAGCCUGUCUAACUGUCUAACUGAGCAGCCAGAUGGCCCCCAGGCCGUGGUGGAUCUGGCCUCUGACGGGGACCUCUGAACAGCUCCAUGGUGGCGCCACACAGACCUGGACUGGUAGGGUGGUAGGCCAGCCACCAUGAAUGAGCAAGGCUGUUUUUUACUGAGACAAUUUCUAAACUAGGCUCAUUGCUCCUCUUUUUAAAUACCAUUUGGGGACUGGAAGACAGGGUUAAGGAACUUUAUUUUAAAAACAACUUUUUCUUUUUCCCACAAAAACUUUAAAAGGGGUAGGGUUUCUCACCUUGGGAAGCAAUAGCCAUAAUCUGCUCCCAGCCGUGCCCUCUGGCUUACAUCCCUGACUCAGGGAGUCCCUCUUCCCUCCUCCUCCCUCAGAGAUGGACUCUCAGAGGCCCGCUGGAGGAGGGCUCUCCCUUGGGAGGAAGACGGUUCUUCCCAGGAAGCAAAUAAUCAAAUACUGCCGAGAACAACUGCCUGGACACGUGCACUGAGACUGGCCUGCCAUUGCUGAGGGUGGGGGAUUGUGGGUAACUGACCAGGGACACUCGCAGCUAUGGGGAGGAGCUCAGCGACUUCCUCAGUCUCAGGAUCCAGGAAUGCCCUAGAACUGACCUCUGCCGGUGAGUUGUGGCUAGGCUGCGGACUCUCACUCCUGUUCCUGUUGGUUUGCCUCCUGUCUGUCCUUUUGGACAACUCCCCUUGUAAUGGGGCCAACUUAAAAGUGUUCGGCAGGGUCUCACACCUUCCAGAUUGCUCAGCCCUGCUCCCCAGGCGCUGUCCUCACCUUUACCAAAGAUUUCCCCUAGGUAGGAGAGCACUGCGCUAGAGGCGACUCAUCUAGGAUACUCCUUUCGGUUCCAAGAGGGAACCUGGUCCUGUGCACCUGCAUUGUUAACAGUUAAUGCCAUCUCCCUUCCCACCCCACUGUGCAGGUCAAGUCUUAGUCAGUGGUCCAUGAAGCCCUACUUUCCAGACUCCCAGCUUCUGAUCCCCAAACCCCAGUGCCUCUUGGGGAUUGAGGACAAGUGGGCAUAUGGAAAACAGCCUGAGCAGGUUCUUCAUGCUCUUGACUCCGUGGCUGAGCUGUCCCUGACCUUGACAACAUACUUGCAGAGCCCGGGACUGGAGG